CUUUAUGAAAAAUGACCGAUCUAUAAAUUUAUGGUUUAUCAAAAUUGUACCUUUCUCGCCUUAUAUAGUAUCAAGUAAAUUAUAAAAGCAACAAGGAUAGACAUAUUUUCUAUCGCAUAAACAAUUUGACAGAAACGUAGAUUCCUUAUAUGGUCAAACCGAAACCGCAUCAGUGAGAAAAACUUUAUUUGCUAAAAUUUAAAAGAUGGAGACUAUUUUGCAACAAAAAAUAAUAGAAGCAACUCACUGCGUUGAAAAACAAUUAGACACAGAGAUAGAAAAGUUAGAAAAUCUGGACAUUAGUGAUUUUGAAAAGUUGCGUGAACAACGUUUAAAGAAGCUAAAGUUGCUUCAACAACAAAAGCAGAAUUGGUUGGCAUUGGGUCAUGGAGAAUAUUCAGAAUUAUAUGACGAAAAAGAAUUCUUUGAAAUUUCAAAAAAGUCUCAAAACAUUGUUUGCCUGUUUUGUAAAGACGAUUCCCCAAGAUGUAAAAUAGUAGAUCAUCAUCUUAAAAUUCUUGCAAAAAAACAUAUAGAAGCAAAGUUUUGUAAGUUAAAUGUAGUACGAUGUCCAUUUUUAACUGAACGUUUAAGGAUCAAAAUUAUUCCUACAAUUGCUCUCAUUGUUAAUGGUAAAACUAAUGAUUACAUUGUGGGAUUUACUGAUUUAGGAAAUCGUGAUGAUUUUUCAACUGAGACAUUAGAAUAUAGAAUUUCACUUUCUGGAGCAAUAACAUUUGAAGAGAACUUGUCAUCAGAAAAUAAUAAAAAACCAUGGUUAUCACAAGUUUCAAAACCUAAAACAAUCAAAGGACCUAAUGGUUCAAAACCUGAUGAUUCGGAUGAAGAUUAAAAAUAAUUCAUAAUUUUUAACGAUUCAUUAGCUAAUAUUUAUAAGCUUUUACCUGUAUGUAAAAUUUAAUUAAUAAAAAUUAAUAAUCGUUAAA